AUGAGCCAAGGUCAGCCCCGGAGGGAGACUGGGACCAACUUGCCGGACGUCAAGCCGGUGGCAGAUCCUGUCAAGUAUGGCGACGUCUUCAACGUCUCCGGCGAGCUGGCGAACCAGCCCGUUGCGCCGAGGGACGCCGCGCUGAUGCAGUCCGCCGAAAGCCAAGUGCUCGGUUGGACACAGAAAGGCGGCGUCGCUGCUACUAUGCAGUCGGCAGCUACCCUGAAUCAGGAGGCGGGAUACGUUCACCCCACGGAGUACUCCGCUGCAGUCGGAGGUCAAGGGAUGAAGGUCACGGAGUCCGACAUCCCGGGCCGCCGCGUUGUGACGGAGUCGGUUGGUGGGCAGGUCGUGGGACAGUUCUCGACCCCGGUGCCGGAACCGUCUCCAGCGGUAACUGGUUCGUUCACGAUCGGCGACGCUUUGGAGGCUGCGAGCGUGACAUGCGGAGACAAGCCGGUGACGCAGAGCGACGCCAGUGCGAUUCAGGCGGCGGAGAUGCGUGCAACCGGGAGCAACGCCGUCAGACCCGGAGGAGUCGCCGCUUCGGCUAUGUCGGCGGCCGAUGCCAACGAGAGGACUGGGGACGAAUUGCAGAAGACAACGCUGGGUGAAGUUUUAGCGGACGCGAAGAGAAGGUUGGUGGCGGACAAGGUGGCGACGACGGAAGACGCUGAGAAGGUGAGGAGCGCGGAGCUCCGGAACAACCCCAACCUGACCACUGUCGUCGGCGGGGUGUCGGAGAACGUAACUGCUGCUGCCAACCUGAACGAAGCCGCCCCUUGA